AUGCUUCCCAUUACUAAAACAAACUAAACCAACUCUCAAGAAAACUAAACAACCCCAUCAAGGAAGAAUCCUAGUUUUUCUCAUGGAGAAAUUUAAUGCUCAAGAUUUUUCAUCUGUUAGUUGUGAAAUAAAAAUUAUAAGAGCAAGAAACAUAGAACAAAUAAGCUCUUCGGGAAAAAACUUCCUGUUUAUUAGAUGCUAUCUUCAAAUAGGAAACAACCAAAGAGCUAACUUAAAUAGCCAAGAAAUCUCAUCAAAAUCAAGCUUAUUUUGGGAUGAAACUUUCUCAUUGGAUUGCAUGGGAACUCAAGACUCCAUUAACAUGCUGAAGCAAGGAACAAUCAAUUUCGAGCUCCGGUCAAGGAAAUUUCUUCCAAUUUUAGGUAAAAAUAUUGGUGGCUCUCAACUCUUAGGAAGAGUGGAAAUUCCCUGGAAACGAGUAUUUGAGUCAGCAGAAAUGGAUAUAGAGGAGUGGGCAAUAUUAAUGACUACUUCAAAGAAAAUUAAUGAAGAUGUGAAACCUCCAGCAGUGAAGAUAGCAAUGAAGGUUAGGGUGAAUGAAGCAACAAAAGUUUAUAAAAAUAAUAGGGUAAAAAAAUUAUGGGAUGAGUCAUGUGCUUGUAGGAGUUAUUGUGGGUGCAAUAGUAAUAAGAUUUUCAGUGCUGAUGAUUAUGAAAUAUUUGCACUUGGAGCUGCUUUAGAUGCCCGCUGAUGAUUAUGAAAUAUUUGCACUUGGAGCUGCUUUAGAUGCCCUUUAAUUCAAGGACAAAAAUGGGCAAAGAACUAUGGUGCUCCCCAGGAUUAGAUAAUUUUUUUUCAGUGACCUGACUAUUUCUUACAUUAGUUACAGUUUUGUACGUUUUGUUACAAAAAUUUGUCGUUUUAAGAAAUUAAAUUUCAUGGCUUUGCUAGAAUACAAGAAUCUUCUCUUUUCAAAUAAAUUGUUUUCUUGAGUUUUA